AUGGUGUUGCGUCUUUGCCGCUUCUUGACGCCAUCGCUAUCAUCGUCGUCGGCUAGUGGCCGUUGCGCAAAACUUUUUCUUCUCCUCUUAUCCGCUAAUUCGAUCUUGAUUGGUUUUGUUCUCGGUCAGCUGCCAGAUGAACUUGAUCCCUUCCUCGAGAAGUUGUUCGAAUUUGAAGAAUGCGAAGACUUCUUAGGAUCCACAGACUACACCAACAUCGCCACUACAAAAUGUGACCCACAUACUUGUGAUUUUCCACGUCAAAUAUGUGCUAGGCCAGCUGCCAAAUUUCAAGAUUCAUCAGCUAAUACAUGUAGAACGAUUCCGUUGGAGUGUAUAACCGCUGCAAACGGAGGUGUUGCUCCAGGACCAUCCAUCCGUCCCACUCCAUCUCCAUUCAUGCCACAACCUUCAAUUCCCAAUGGCAUCUCUCCAAUGAUACCGUCUCCUUCAGCUGUAUCUGUCACUCCAUCUCCAACUGAUCCUUUGGCGAUUUGCAAAAUGGGCGUACCAAACGGAAGGUUUUGUGGCUUUCGGCCAAUGUUCACCUAUAAUAAAGAGACGUUGCAAUGCGACGAAUUUUGGUUUCCUGGAUGUCGAACUGCCGAGACGAAUGCGAAUCUUUUCGAGGAUUAUCAACAGUGUCAAAAGGUAGCAGAAAUGUGUAAACCAACACCUCCACCAACUCUCGCUCCAUUCCGACCACGUCCACACACAACUCGUCGGCCACAACCACCUCCAUCUCCCCCACCUCCUCCACCGCCAUCUCCAUUUGUGGAUGCUUUCAAAUCAUUUGGUGGCAAUAGCCAAGCUGGUCAGGGAGCUCUCGGAGCCAUUGGAAUGUUCACUGGAAGUGGAUUAGGUCCAACUGGCCAGGGACCUCUUGGAAACUUUGCACCCAAUCCAAAUGCAGGUGCACCUCCACCAGCAGCAGGCGGAGCUGGAGGUCAAGAUGGACAGGAUCUAGGACUGUUCGGAUUGAUUCAGCAAGGAAUAAUGGGCGCACAAGCAGCUGGACAAGGUGGGAAGCCAGGAAAAGAGGCUACUGCGAAGGCAGCUGGGCAGAUUCUUCAACAGUUUACUGGAUUUGAUCUUGGUGGAAUCGGAAAUAACUUUGGGGGGCUUUUCGGAAGAUAG